CCGCCCCGCUCGGCGCACUGAACCUCGGCGCAGGAUGAAGGAGCUGCCCGGCGCCUCGCUGCAGAAGGCUUGCCGCCUCCUCGUGUGCUUCUGCGUCCUCCACCUCUUGGCCGUGGUCUUCUACUACCUGGCGGGCAGCACGCUCAGCUUCCAGGGGAGCCCGGAGCCGCCGCCCCGAAGCCUGGCGCCCUCCCGGCGGGAGCCCGCGACGCGGCCGGCUGACCUCUCCAAGCCCGACGUCGACUGCCCCGACCCCUCCCCUUUGCUGGUUGGUCCAUUGCGUGUGGAGUUUUCACAGUCUAUAAAUUUGAAGAAUGUGGAGAACGACAACCCAGAAGUCAGGGAUGGGGGCCGCUACACCCCAAAGGACUGCAAAGCACUUCAGAAAGUAGCAAUUAUUAUCCCAUUCAGAAAUCGAGAUGAACACUUAAAAUACUGGCUGUAUUAUCUCCAUCCAAUCCUUCAAAGACAACAGCUUGAUUAUGGUAUAUAUGUAAUUAACCAGGGUGGAGAAGAAACAUUUAAUCGUGCAAAGCUUCUGAACAUAGGCUUCACAGAAGCUUUGAAAGAAUAUGAUUAUGACUGCUUUGUAUUUAGCGAUGUCGACCUAAUCCCUAUGGAUGACAGAAACAUCUACAAGUGUUACAGUCAACCCAGGCACCUCUCCGUGUCUAUGGAUAAGUUUGGAUUUCGCUUACCUUAUAAUCAGUAUUUUGGAGGCGUGUCUGCUUUAAGCAAGGAGCAAUUCCAAAAAAUAAAUGGGUUUCCCAAUAAUUAUUGGGGCUGGGGUGGUGAAGACGAUGACAUUUAUAACAGGCUGGUUUUUAAAGGCAUGGGGAUCUCCCGCCCAGAUGCUUCAAUUGGAAAAUGUCGGAUGAUUCGCCAUUCAAGAGACAACAAAAAUGAACCUAACCCACAGAGGUUUAACAAAAUUGCUCACACGAGGGAGACAAUGAAGUCUGAUGGGUUAAACACUCUGACCUACACUGUAGUAAAAACUGAUAAAUUUCGAUUGUAUACAAAAAUCACAGUGGACAUUGGAUCACCAAAAAGCUAGUGUGGCAGAUGGCAGAGGCGGCGAAAUAGAAGACUUGGAGGACUUAGCCAGGGACUACUUAUCCUGUCAACAUUUUAUACCUGCUGUUUUUUAUUACAAUCAUCAUGGAAAAAAGAAUACCUUCUUUUGCCAUUCCAAGGCCUUUCAAUUGGCUGGACUAAUGAGAAUUUUAAUCCCAAACUUUGCUGUACACUUUUUUUUAGGUUUAGAAAAGAGGCAUAGAAAUUAGGAAAUAUGUCCAUUUUCAGGGAAUGGUGGAGACAGAUAUGCUCAAUCCACCAGCACGAAAAAGAAAAGAAAAGAAUGGAAGCUAUGCAAAAGUGCUACCAUACUUUCGUGAGGCUUUCAUCUGUCUCAGUGGGGCUUGGACAAGAGUUGUUCCUAGUAAAUAGUGAAGGGGGGAAAGCCAAGGCAAGGAAUGGAACCAAAGUUAUAUCUUAGAAAAUAUUUAUUGUUUUUGCCAAUACGUUUCGGACUUUUGAAGUCCUUCUUCAGGGCAAUUCAAAUAAGAGUAUAAUGAUCUCCUCCUAUGUGUGGCCAUUUUGAGAUCAUUUUCCUCUAGAGAAAAUUGAAAUUAUAAUCUUAUUUGAUUUGCCCUGAAGGACUUCAAAAGUCUGAAACGCAUUGGCAAAAACAAUAAAUAUUUUCUAAGAUAUAUCUUUGGUUCCACUCCUUGCUUUGGCUUUUUCCCCCUUGCUAUUUGGGGUUUCCUUCUUUUUGGGGGCUCCUGGUAAAUAGUGCCCUAUUUGUUUACUGCAGCGCUCUCCACUUUAAGUAAUAGUUGCACACAAUUUGGGAAAGAUUGCUUUCACCAUGUAUUCUGCAAUUAUGGCACAUUCCCCUUUCUCCUUCCCACCUGCUCCCACCCCCCAAUUUGAUUUUAAAAUUAGGCAACAUUUAUAAAAAAAAAUAAUCACUGCUGUGGUUACAGUAUGAAGGACUGGAAAAUGCUGCUAAAAGUUGUACGAGUUUACAUGUUUUUAUAUAUAUCUCCCCUUCAUGUAGAUAGAAUCGUUCAUUCUUGUCUAAUAGCAAUUGAAAUAACUUCUCUUGAAAAAAGAAAGAAAAGGAAUAUGAAUGUCAAAAUGAAAAAAAUGGCCUUAAAUUCUGUUCUGCGGGCAGAGGGGAUUUUAAUCAUUCAGGCCUCUUUGCUGAAAAAUAGUUUUGUAUAGCAAAACUAUUUACACUCCGUGCUUAAAUGCAAGGUGUUGUUCACUUGGUUCAGUCUGGGAGUACUCUCAACCCAUUAAUAAUCUUGGGCUUAUGUGCACCCUGGGAAGAAAGCGUGGAGUGAAGAGUUGUACCAUAUUUAUUUGGAAUGCAGUAUGAUCUCUCCAGCCUCGCAAUUGGAUUUGGAUCACUGAAUAAACAAAAAGGUUAAAAUAAUAUAUACGAUAUAACCCAGACCAUGCACUGCCUUUUCUCUAUGGUGAGUGGAAGGGCUGCUCGCAAGCCUGAGACCAAAACAUACCUGAUACAGCUCGUGGGCACAAGGGGAAUGUUCCAUUGUAUUUUAAAUCCAGGGUGGGGAAUGUGGAUUCCUCUAGGUGUUGUUGGACUGCAGCUCCCAUCAGCCCUAGCUAGCGUAGCCAGUGGUGAGGGAUGAUGGGAAUUGCAGUCCAAGAACAACACAUUCCACACCCCUGUUUUAAAUGGAUUUACUACAUGGGUCAGCCCAUCUGUCUGUAGGGUUAGCAUGCCAGCAGCACAUAAGCUCAGGCUACCAAUCGCUGGCAGCAUGAAUGGGCCAACCCACAUGCUAAGCAUAUUUAAAUAUGACAAGGAAUAUGCUGUACAGGUGGCCUGCAUCACAUCUGUUUUGGAAUAGAGCUGUAUGUUACGUUCUACUCAGAUGCCAAGUUGUUCUGCUGUGCUUCUACGGAACACUUGAAGUGUGCUCCCUUCCCAAGCUGUUGCCUUCAGCAGCAAAUUUUCCCUGGCUAUUUUGAGGAAUAGGAGCAAGGAAAAUUAGAUGUUAAAGAUAACAACAGGGAGAGUGAGAAACCCAGCCAGACCACAUCACCUUCUAUCUACCAAGAAGCUGCACUGCUGAGAAGAAGUCUGAUGUGGCACCUGCCUUCCUAGGAGCACCAGGAUGGGGGACCCGUGCUUCAAGCCAUCCCUAUCUGUACGAAACAGCGUGUAGAGGGAGUGUUGUAGACAAACACAGCAGAGCUCCUUGCCAUGGGAGUAAUAUGUUAAGCUCACUCUCCUACAAGGCUGGAAAUUCUCCCAGAAACACAAUGAGUGAACAGGACCCAGGUAUAGUGGAACCAUUUAUUGCCUGAAGCAGUGCUCUGCCAAGACUGAGCACUGUCUGGCAUACUGGAAUGUAAAGUGACCUUUGCCCAAGACUUUCCCUAUGCUCCUAGUUUACAGUUUUAGACGCACAUGGAAGCAGCCCCUAAGAAAAGCGUGUGUGACGUGGCCAAGGAUUUCAUGAGCCAUCAGUGCCUAUUUCUACUGGUAGACAAUGACGGACUUCGGACCAUACACCAGGGCCCGUCGUGAGUGAUUUAACCAACGAUAAGCCGCAGUGCCCACAGACACUAGGUUGCAUAUGCAACCCCCACUCAGGGAUUGUUCUGUCGUGCAAACCUGGCAAGCAUGGAUUAUGCAAGGGUUUGAUCGUCACACAGCCCUACAACCCACAAGUGGGGGUUGCAUUUUCAAGAUGGGGGCUGCAUUCACUGCAGCCUCACCAUAGGUUAAAUAACCCAUGGUGGACUGUUGGGUUGUACAAACAGCCCCAAUGGCACCCUUGCACAGCCCGCAAGUGUGCGAGGUUUAAGGGCAGGCACCAGAAACAUUUUGAGUGCACUGAAUAAACAAACGUAGACCCUGUAUGGAAGCACCUUAUUGAGUAGGAGUCCACCCUCUUCCCCUUUCUUCUUUUUCUUGUUCUUCUGCUUCACCUUGCAGCCUGAGCCCAUAAUGCUGCCUCUGCAGACUGUAGCAGAGAAGGUAAGCCAGCAACCAGUACUGUAUCCCUAUAGUCAACAGAACUAUAAAGUCUAAUUGUUCAAUGAAGCCCCCUUAGUUCUUGGCAUUGCAAAAAACAAAACAAAAAACAAACAAAAAACCAUGACUAGCAUAAGUACUAUUUCUGAAUUGCCUUAUGUGUGAAUGUAGACCCUAAAAGCCAAAUGAGAUUUUGAACAUUGUAGUGUUUCAUUUUGGUUUUUUGCUGUUACAAUGCAAUCUCUUUCUUACUAUGGAAUGGCAAACAGUUUGCAAUUCAGGGCUCAUAAAGUGGCCUCUUUGUUUUUAAAAUGUCUUGUCAGAUACGUUUACUGUUGCAAAGGCCUAAAUAUUGUACACAAAAUUGUUUUUCUUGCAGUGUGGUGUGUGUAAAACUUGAAAUUUGCUCUUUUGUUUUAUUGUGGCAACAUGUUAUUGUGGGGGGAAAGUAUAUAAAAUCUAAUUGCACCAUAAAGCAGCACAUAUAUUGACACUGUUAAUAUAAGCUGCAGGCAAAACCAGACUUCAUUUUCUUAUAAACCAUCCUUGCAAGGUUGCCUGUUCAGUCUUUUAAUUGGCUGACACUUAUAUGGCGGCAAAGACAUAUGUUGUUGUUUUUAUAUAUUAUAUCAUCUGUGUCUGCAGGAUUAGAUGUGGAAAUGUUGCCUUAAAGUAUUUUUGUAAACUUAAGUGUCUCUGAAACUACGGGCCUGUUUGGACGUUGUCUUUCCUCCCAUCCCACCCUGGGGAAGGAGCACGGCAUUGCUAGAUUAUCAAUUGGAACCCUCAUCGUCAAAAAAUCCUUGACUUUUCCCCCUGAGAAUUCUUUUUUCAAAACAUAUUUAUUAUUAUAUAUCCUGGUUUUAUAUGAGAUUCCGUGUGAUCUCCCAUUCAAGGCACUGGUCCACACCGAGCAGUGCUUAUAGCAUCGAACCAUUUACUGUGCCCUGCUCAGAACCCAUGUACAGGAGUGGGGACUUCAGCUUUAGCCUUCUCCUGUGCACAAUAUUUCUCUCCUGUUGCCACUUUCAUCUCAAGAAAGUGCCUUGGAGGAACAUAGCUCCCAUGUUCCUCAACCAUCUGCCCUUCUCACUUCAGGCAGCAGUGACCCCAGCAAUGCCCACCACCUACCCUCAUUUUAAAAAGGAGUGGAUUCAUUGCCUUUUCCUGCUCUCUUGGAGCCCACUCCACCAUCCUUAAGGCUCUUCCGCACACCCAACGCCACUGCCAAAGGGAAGCCGCCCCCAAUUCAGCUAGGCAAACUGAGACGAAAGGAUGUUGCUGUAGGAAGGGAAGAAAACACGCGUGUCAAAUUCUGUUUGGCACAGCCAAUUUCUUCUUAAUUGGAGCAAUAACAGCAGUGGAACAAAAAGAACGUGCUCCCUCCAAUCUUGCACACUCUUCUGCUCGACCUCUUUCUUGCUAAUUGUUAUCAUGGCUAGCAGCUGGCACCAAAGUUGUGCUGUAGUCAAUAUCCCUGGCUUUUUGUAUUUCUUCAUUCAACAGUACAAGAGGCCUUGCAUGGAGGCAGUUCUCAUAUAUGAGGAUUCUCAUAUAUCUGAUUCUGGGCUCCCACCCUCCUUCUUUGUCACCAUUGCUCUCUCAUUCCCUUUACCACAAGGUGAAUGUCCAAACUAGGCAACCACGCCUUUAUUUGAAUGUGAUAUUUCCCUGAUGCAAUGCGAAGAAAACCUCUGAAGAUUGAACUUCUCUGGUGGGAUCACUUGAGUAGUCACUAAUGUUUCCUCACAGUGAGAAGAGUUGAGGGAGGGUGCGAUCUAUUCUGGGGGGCAAAACUGUUCAACCAGGCCCUGGGUUUCCCAAAUCGAAGAUCUGUCUUGUGUGACGUAUUCUAAUUUGACAGAAUGAAGCGGAAAAGGCAUGCAAAGGAUUGUGUCACAAUUUAGUUUUUGUUAUGUGUGUGUGAUUGUAAAUCUUUCUUUCAUGCAUAUUGGAUUUACGACUUUUAUUUAUUUAAAUGUACUGAGCCAGAUGCUUAGCCUUUCACUACUGGGUGUAGAAACCAGUGUCUGCAAUUGGAGGUGCAUUUGUUCUUCUCAUUUUAAAAUGUAAUCACAUCUGUUUGGAAACCAAGGCAAUAACUCUGGAAUGUACCUUCCUUCAGAGGUCAGUGGAGAUAUUUUUUUUGUUCGGGCUAAUUAAAAUGGUCUUUUCCUAAGCCAGCACCGUCCAGACAUGUUGGACUACAACUCUUAUCAUUGGCCUUCCUACUUGGGAUGCUGUAGUCCAAUACAUCUGGGAGCCACCGGGUUGGGGAAGGCUUCAUUAAAUGUUAGUUGAGAACUAGGGACCUGUUCAAAUAUUAUUUCCGGUGGACAAAUCUUGACCCAGCAAUUAUUUUGAUCUGUACUCCAUUCCCCUCAGUGUUUGGAGAAAGUCCAGGCUGUACUGUCUCUAUUUGAAUGCAGUUUUUUCCCCUGAACCUCAAUUCCACCUCACUUUUUCUAGGGUUGCUCAAUUAUGGAAGCAGGAGAUACCAUGUUCAAAUACAUAUAGUACAGUAGAAACUUCAGGGACCAAUUUCCAGCCCCUGGGGACCCCAGUCCUGCUGCUACAUUGCUUGUAGCAGUCCAAACAAACAAAAACACAGUGGUUUGUUGCCAAAAUCUAGUGGCAAACCACUAUAGAGGCUCAAAAGGGCACUUCUGAGUCUCCAUAGUGGUUUGGCAGCAAAUUUCGACAGGAAACCACCUAUGUUUUGCUGUUGCACUACCAAAUAUCAGCAGUGCAGGCACAGUAGCAGAGGUGGCAGGACCAACACUCAAGGAUGUGUGUGUGGGGGGGUGCAUUUUGCCCAUCCCUGCGCUAUAGUCUAGGUCAGACAUACUUCUUCCUUGCAGCGGUGUAGUGGUGCAGUACACCCAAGACCCUACUACCUGGAGGAAAUCUCAACUGAAUAAGCAACAUGUGAACAGGAUUUCGAACUCUUGUUCCUAUUUGCCAUAAUAUUUUAUUGCAUCCAGUACUUAUGGAACCCUCCCCACCGCACGGUUAAUCUGUUGCUGAAACUAUCACCUCCAGAUAGAAAAUUAGUCCUUCUAGAAAUUAAGUUAGUUGGUUUUCUACAUGAAAGGCAAGUAUGUAGGUUACAGAGCAAAAUACAGGUUGAAGCCCUAUGACAUUUAAAGACGUUCAGAGAGACAAAUAAGUUUAAAGCUAUUCAAAAGAGGCUUCCCAUUGCGCAUAUGCAACAUUGCUUUGGUCCUGCUAUCACCUCUUGCCAAAUAGGUUUUGUUGGGGUUUGGAUGCAAUACAACCCCAUCCCAAAGCCCCCAACCCUUGAAAAAAAAUUACCAUCUGUUUCUAGGCUCGAUGGACUUUGGGAGGCAUUUAAUAUCCCGGCCAAAUUGGGCCAAACACUGGCUUAUCUCCAGUUGUGGGACCUUGGUCAUUCUGAGCCUAGUGUAAACUGAGCUCUGAACAGAACAAUAUUCUUUAUAUCCUACAGACAUUCUAUGCAAGCAACUUUUAAGUUGUACAUCAUAAAUAGCUUUCCUGUAUGCAUACGUAUAUGUGUGUGCACGCAUGCAAAGAUCAGGGAAAAACUGCCAUAGAAACCGUAUUUGAUUAUCUGAGAAUACGUUUUAGCUCUCAGCUUCAAAGGUUUUUGACAAAAGUGCCUUAAAGUAUGUUCAUGGGUGGGGGUGGGGAGGAGAUAAGGGUGUCUCCUCCACAGAGCAGCAUUUGAUACGUUGCUUUAUUGUUGAUGUGAGAUGGUUUUUGUCUUUACACCAUUGAAGACUUAAAUAAUAAAUGUUGAUAUUUAAGAAAACAAAA